GCUCAUGACGUCACAACUUACGUUAACCUGAGUUUGUUUGAGUUAGUCUGUGUUAUCUUGCGUUUGGACCGCCAGAAUUCGCCUAAAAUAAUCCCUAAUUUAAUGUUGUCAGCACUGAACCCUAGAGUCAACGACCCGUUAAUCAAAACAUAACCUUCAAAAACUGAUAAUUAAAUGGGGACCCCUGGAACAGCCAUCGACUCCCUAAACGCCGCCCUGAAAUGUAACAUAAUCCCCAACCAGGAAUACCUCCUCCAAGGCUCAGUCCUGGACCAAUACGUGGAAGUCCUCCUCCACCGUCUCCGCGGCUUAUGCGACAACGUCGACAGCGGCCCUGAAUCAUUCCACGACCACGAACUAUGCUUCACCCUCCGAGCCCCAAACCCCGGUGCCCCCAUGGUCCUCCCAUUGCGUGUGCGUCGCGCCCUCGACGUUCCCGACGCCCCCUGGCAAUUACGCUACGUCGGCCAACAAGAACUUGGCGACAAGAAUCGUCCAACAGUCGUCAGAUCCAGCAUUGACAUGGCGUGCAGUUCCACAAUCGUUGAGUUUUUAACCGAAUUGGGGUGCAGAGUCGAUUUUGAAUACAUAGCACGGGGGUACAUGUUCCGCAAAGGCAGGAUGAAAAUCACAGUUUCGAAAAUUUUCAAAAUGGGGGGCAUGACAAGCAAACCGGGGGAAGGCGUCGAAGCGAUUUCGCAGAGCUAUUUAGUCGAAUUGUCGGUUUUGGCCCCAAGUGGACAAGAUGCCAUUGCUGAAGACAUGAGGAUUUUUGCCGAACAGCUGAGACCGUUAGUACAACUCGAAAAAAUCGACUAUAAAAGACUUGGGAAUUUACCAUAAUUUAUUAAUUACAAUUAGGAUUUAUGUAACAAUGCUUCAAGUUUUUCUAAACUAA